GAUGGGGGCGGAGCCUAGCGCUGCCGAGCCCCGCGGAGGAAGGACCCACCAGAGAGUCGCCGGUAGCACUCGCGGACGAACGCCAUUAGCCAAACACGAGACUUUUCUACUAUGGCGGUGCCGGAGUCGCGCCCCAAUCACACCAUUUACAUCAAUAACCUUAAUGAGAAGAUAAAGAAGGAUGAAUUGAAGAAAUCCCUCUACGCCAUCUUCUCCCAGUUCGGUCAGAUUCUGGACAUCCUGGUAUCAAGGAGCCUGAAGAUGAGGGGCCAGGCUUUUGUCAUCUUCAAGGAAAUCAGCAGCGCCACCAACGCUCUCCGAUCCAUGCAGGGCUUUCCCUUCUACGACAAGCCCAUGAGAAUCCAGUAUGCCAAGUCGGACUCCGACAUCAUUGCCAAGAUGAAGGGCACCUACGUGGAGCGUGACCGGAAGCGGGAGAAGAGAAAGCCCAAAGGCCAAGAAACCCCUGCGGUCAAGAAGGCUGUUCCCGGGGGGGCGGCGGCCCCGGUUGUGGCUGCUGUCCAGCCUGUCCCGGGGAUGCCGCCCAUGACCCAGGCCCCCCGCAUCAUGCACCAUCUUCCAGGGCAGCCACCAUACAUGCCUCCCCCAGGGAUGAUCCCCCCGCCCGGCCUGGCCCCUGGGCAGAUCCCACCUGGCGCCAUGCCCCCGCAGCAGAUGAUGCCUGGACAGAUGCCGCCCGCCCAGCCGCUGUCUGAAAACCCACCCAACCAUAUCCUGUUCCUCACUAACCUGCCAGAGGAGACCAACGAGCUCAUGCUGUCUAUGCUCUUCAAUCAGUUUCCUGGCUUCAAGGAGGUGCGCCUGGUUCCUGGGCGCCACGACAUCGCUUUUGUGGAGUUUGACAACGAGGUGCAGGCUGGGGCUGCCCGAGACGCCCUGCAGGGCUUCAAGAUCACCCAGAACAAUGCCAUGAAGAUCUCUUUUGCCAAGAAAUAGCCCCGCCCCUUCUCCCGGCCCCCCCUCCCCCUUCUUUCCUUCCAGGGUGACCCUCCCCCUGCUCUUCUGCUCGGGGCUGUCGUCCCCUGAAGGUAAGUCCCUGCUCCCUCCUCCCCCUGUUGCGUGAGUGUGCCUGCCCUGCGUGCAUGUGCCUCAGCAUUGUACCCAGAGUCUGCCCUACAGACAUUGCACCUGGAGCUGUGGGGCAAAAUAAAAGACUGCAAGCCUUGGUUUUUCA